CAAAUAAAUAUUAUAUUCAUUUAAUUUUUAUAAUAACUCGGUUCAAAUAUAUAUUAAUAUAACUUAAUAAUAAAAUGGCAACUAUUUUUGAUAUCUUAUUAAAUCAACAUUUAAAUAAUAAUAAUAAUAAAAAUAAUUUUAAAUCACAAACAACACAAACCAAAAAAGAAAUAAUCAAUUUUAUACCAGAAUCAGAUGCUAUUGAAACAUCUGAUUCAUUAAUCAUUGAAACUGAAUUAGCAGGUGUAAAUAAAGAUGAUAUUCAAAUUGAAAUUAAUGACUCAAAACUAUAUAUUCAAGGUGAAAAGAAAAGAUCAACAUAUAAAAACAACACUAUUGUAACCACUACCACCACUGCCACCAGUACCCAAACUGACAACGAGCCAUCAAUUGAAGAGUUUGAAAACGAUAUUAGUACCUCUGAUACCACUGCCACCAGUUUACAAUCAUCAAAUAAAGAAAUCAAACCUGAAUCAAGUACAAACAACACUGUCACCUCUGAUACCAAAGAACAAGUUAAAAAGUAUAUUAGUGAAAGAUCAUGUGGUAAAUUCAAAAAAUGUUUUGACUUAAACAGAAUUAUAUAUACAUUAGAUUUAUCAAGUAUCAAAACACAAUACAACAACGGUCUUUUAACAAUAACUAUAAACAAGAAAAAAGAUUAUUCAAAUACAAUUAAAAUUAAUUUAUCAUAAAUAAAAA